UUUUUCCCACCUAAACCCUCGCAGAAACAAUGGAUUCAACAAAAAAGUCAAAGCAGAAGUCUCUGUUUCCAGUCUCCGAGAAUGCUUCCCUAACAGCUUUUUACUCUAAUUCCCAAUCCCACUUUGGCAAUGUUAAUUAUUUGAAGCGGACGGUAUCAGAAGCCCUGGAUAGCGGAAGGGCUAAGAGAACCAAGUCUCUUUUUCUGGUUGAGAACUCAUUGGAUGUUUCUUCUGACGCGGACUGUUGUUAUUCCUCGAGUUUUCAUGGGCGAGAUGCUAACUCAGACGAUGAAGAAUGUCUGAGUCAGUUGUUCUAUGACAAGGGAGCAAAGAAGAAACUCAAGGUACUAGCCACAAUGGUUGGAGUGGAAAGCACGGAACCUGGGAUCGUGUUGGCGAAGGUGGUUGCCGUUUUGAAGGAGUUGAGGAUGAGAACUGGAUGUUAGCUGUUCAAAUUUGGGGUUUCUAUGGGUAUCAAAAGUAAGUAGUCUCCCAUGAACCAGGAUUUGAACCCGCGACAUUUUGUACCCAAAACAAACGCGCUACCAAGCUGCGCUACAUCCCUUUGAAUGGGUAUACAGUGUCAUUUUAUAGAAUCCUUGUUUUGUUUUCCACACCCAACAACCAAAUAAAAUAUUGAAUCAUAG